AUGGCGCAUGCGCAGAUGUCCAGUCUCAGGCUCCUGCUGUGUGUCUGUGUGUGUCUUCAGUCCUCUGCUGUCCUGUCCCCGUCAGAGUCUGGAGGAAGUGAAGGCAGCAGGAGCAGAACAUCUUCACCUCCCCACUCCUCCUCCUCCUCCUCCUCCGAGCCUCUGGAGGUGAAGCCAUCUGGUCCUUCCCAGGACUUCCUGGAUCAGUUGAUCCAGGUGAGGUCUCCAAGCAGCGGGGACCUUAAACACCGAGACGCCGGCGCCGUGCUGCCCUUCGUCGGCCUCACCAGCAGUGCCGAGCAGAGUCGCAGUUGCUGUAAGAACGGAGGAACUUGUAUUCUGGGCAGUUUCUGCGCCUGCCAUCCAUUUUUCACCGGGAGGAGCUGCGAGUACGACACCCGAGUCAGGAAGUGUGACUUUAUUCCUCAUGGUGAGUGGGUUCAGAAAGGCUGCUCAUACUGCCGCUGUGUCUACGGUGUGCUGCACUGCUUACCUCACUUCUUCUACAAAGACUGCGACGACUUGGAGGACGAGGUGCGCUGGUCUCGCUCAUCAGCCGUCUGGAUGACGCCGCUCUGCCACUUCCUGUUUCCGUCGCUGCUCCUUCCUCUGCUGCUCUGACGCCUCCCCUGAAAACAUCAUCAGCAUCAAAUGUGCUGCGUUCAAAUGCAAGCAGAACAAACAGACAUUUCAGGAUGCCGUCACGGGACAAACUAUUUAUUUAGCUACCAACUAAUGAAUCCAAAGGAAACUGUU